GCCCGAGGGUUCAGAGUGAGGGGUGGCCUCUUGUUCCUCGCGCUGGCGCCCUCCGCCCUGGAGAGUCCUUCGUUUUGUCUGCGUGCGGUGCGGUGCAUGGGCGCCGUUCUCGUACGUGAGCCACGCUCCGGUGGCCAUGUUGUUUUGGCCGUGCUGGUGCCGGCGGGCAUCUCUUCGCCCUCCCGCCAGCGCACUGGUGAGUCCGCACUCUCUCGCAUGCGCCCAGGGCCAGGCCUUCGCCGCGAACGCGUACCAAGUCUUCCGGGUGCCGAUCUCCGGGGGCGCUGCAGUUCCAGAGCCGUGCCUGGGCCUCGCAGGCGCGAGGGAGGCGGCUGCCCGCCGUCGCGGACGUCGCGGUAGACUGCGACGCGGCCGGCUGCUGGCCGCUGGUGCUGCUGGGGGGGAACAGCAGCGCGGGGCAGGUGCUGGACUGCGCCAGCGGGCGGCGGCAGGAGACCUGCUGCUGGGCCCGCCCGCCGCCACGCGCCUGGCCCUGGCGUCCGGCGGGGGCGGCAGGGCGCUGGCGGCCACCGCCGCGGGCGCCGUGGUGGAGCUCGGGCGCGCCGCGGGCGGCGGCUGGCGCCCGCUGUGGGACGUGGCGAGCGACGAGGGCGGGGGGCGUCGGCCGUCGGAGGAGGAGAGGGGGCCGAGCUGUGCGCGCUGGGGGCCGAGGACGACGGGCAGCUCCUCUUCUUCCGAAGAGGCGGGUCCGUGGAGCUGCGGAACGCGACCACCGGGCAGCUCGUUGGGGAGUGGUCCCUGGGAGAGCGGAUCGCUGCCGGGUGCGCGCUUGGCGGCGGGUCGGUGCUCGCGGUGGCGGAGGGCAGGGCCCCACGACUCCUGCUCGCGCGGCUCUCCGGCGCGCGCGCGCCUACAGCGGGAGAGCCGAGGGAAAAAGGAGCGGACCACCAGCGAGGCUCGGGGAUGCCUUCGGGGGGGGGGAGGCCGCCGCCCGGAGUACCCCGACCUCCUCGCGUCGUGA